AUGGGUUUUUGGGCGGAUGUGCGCGAUCGAAUCAAGAGUUGGCAGAUCACCGUGGAGCCGUUGAUGUUCGUUCUGGCGGCAUGCAACACGGCCGUGUAAGUAUUUGUUUUGAUCAAAGAAGCAAAAACAACUGUUCAAGGAUUGGUGACAAAAAAGUAGGACAGUAGUCUAUUUCAGUGGAAUUGUGUCCCCGGCAUUGAAAGAAGGUAAAAUGAAAAGAGUAUAUCCGGCACCUCCAGACAUCCACGGAAAGGACUUGGAUAAAUAUUAUAACAAAAAGAUGGUGAUGUGGGACAAUUAUUACGAAUACAUCAAUCUACCAAUCGCCUGCGUUUUUGGAAUUAUUUAUGGUGGGAAUCACCCUUGCGCUGACUUUUUUCCAUCUUGUUUUGCAGGUGGAUAUAGUGAUCAUCGAGGAAGGAAAUAUCCAAUGCUCAUUGGAAUUCUGAGUGUUUUAGUGUCAAAUGCUAGUGAGGAGACCAAAAAACCACUUGCCACACGGAACUAUUUUCAGUGAACCUUCUGAUAUGGGAUGCGUCAACCGAUUGGUCAUUGGCAUGGACAUAUCCGACGGCUGCAGUGACUGGACUUCUCGGAGACUUCCUGCUCACGAUGAGUUGUAUUAACGCAUACAUUGCAGACGAAUUUCCCGACAAAAUCACAGUAUUUUCAUGAGUUUUAUCUUUGCGAUCAAUUCAAGGAUUUCAGCUCUCCUAUCGAAUGGUUGUUGUGUCGAUUGUUUUCAGUUUGGGGUCGUUUGUGGCGUCUCGUUUUGUAAAGGAUUUGGUUGAAUGGACCUCCAAACCGACGGUCAUGAUGAUUGCAGAAGGUUUCGUUCAAUUGUUUGAUUCCACGAUAACAUUUUAUUAUUUCAGGGUGCUAUUUGCUCACUUUCCUAGUGUCGAUGUUUGUUUUGGAGCAAAAAGUGCCAAAGCCAAAGCACGGGCUGCUGAAAGAAGACGAAACGCUGGAAAAUGUGGAAAACGUUGAGAAUCAGAGCCUUGCAGCGGUUCCUGUAGAAGUAAAGAAAGAGUAAGUGUUUUUUAUCUCUCAAAUAUCAAGAAUUACUUUCAUUUUUCAGAUCUGUCAUGGAAAUCAUUAAAAUCUCAUUCGUUUCUCUGUACGACGCGGCUAAAAUCUUCCUGCUCCCCCGCGAAGGACAUCGUCGAUUGUUCCUAUAUCUUUGCUUCACUGCCAAUUUCCUCGACCAAUUUGUAUGGGGAGAAGAGAAAGGUACAAAUGAAAGGGAUUAGCAAUGGAAUUUGUGGGAUGCGAAUGUAGCGAGGAUAAAAUUCCGAACUGAUGCGUCACGCCAAUCACGUUUUGUGUGAUCUCAAAGUUGAACCCUCACAACCUGAACCCCUAGAAAGAAGACGUUGUUCGCAAACUCGCGUAGGCAUUCUAUUUUGAUCUCGAUUCGAAACUCUUAUUGGUCGGUGACAUUCGCCAGUACGUCUCCAAACGAAGUUAAUUUCGACGUUGUUUGCUUCAAACGCAUGCUCCAACCGCUUCGAAAAUUAGCACAGGCCCACGCGGACUACAGACGUCAUUCGGUUGACGAAAUUAGAAAAAAUGUCUUGGAAACAUAGAAGAACUAUUUCAGGACUGCUGGGCACAUACGUCAGACUUCCGCCGUUCAAGUGGGACACCCCGACAUACGCCGAUUACAAAUCAUGGAGGCCGAUCGUUCGUUAGUUGCCAUGCGAACUUCUAGAAUAUACCCUCUAAAUGUUUCCAGAAAUUGUCGGGAUGGCCGUGGGAAUGCUAUUUUUUAAGCGAAUCUGUCAUUUCCGGGACACUUUCAUCAUUUGUCUCGCCAUUCUAAGCAUGGCCGGCUGCGUACUCAUGAUUGGAUUGGCUCAGGUAACGUGACCAGUCUUUGGUCCAUUUGAUAUCACACGCCUAAUCCGUGAUUGGAUUAUCGCGUAGUAGAAACAUCACAGCCGAAUUUGCUGACGGAAACGCAUAGAAAUGAAUCUGUUUCUAGGCGUCGUGGAUGAUAUUUGCCAGUUUAGCCCCAGGAAGUUUGCACGGGCUCCUCAAUCCAAUGUCAUACACAUUCAUGGCUUGCAUCGUGGAACCGGAUGAGGUGCGGGGAAAUGGGUCCCGAAUCAGUUAAGACCACCGAUCUAUUUCCAGAUCGGAAAGGCGUAUGCGAUUAGCUCUGUUGCUCAAAAGUUCGCCGGAAUUGCGCAGAGUUUGGUCCUUCAAAACAUAUACAUAGCGACCGUAGAUUGGUAUCAGGUGAAUGGAUUCUCAGACGCUCAUUGCUCAUCAGUCACUCGUUUUGCAGGGUUUCGUUUGGCUUCUCAUGGCUGCCAUUAGCUUCGUUGCCGUGGGAAUAUAUCUCGUCGUUCACGUCAUGGCGAAGAAGGAGAACGUUGGCUCUUAA